UUUCUCGCCUUCUAGAAUUCUGUUCCUCUCUCUCUCUCUCUCUCUCUCUCUCUCUCUCUCUCAUGGGGUGUUGAAAACUCAAUUGACCAAAUUACCCCCACCUCAUUCCCAUGGGAAGCUGCGUAUGCACACCUGCGAAGGCAGGCAUCUACCACAAACGAAGCAAAGAUAUCAUCAAACCCUUACCUCAAUGCGUACACGACUCACCACGCAAGUCUUCGGUGGUGGCUUCGGCCCCUGUCCACCACCGCAGCAUCAUCUGGGUGCUGGACAAGACCGCAGGGAACAACAUCUUUGACAAGUACGAGUUUGGCAAGGAAUUGGGGCGAGGGGAGUUUGGAAUUACCCACAGAUGCACCCACCGGGAGACAGGGGAGUUGCUUGCGUGCAAGAAGAUAUCGAAGAGCAAGCUGAAGACAGAGAUUGACGUCGAGGAUGUGAGGAGGGAGGCUGAGAUCAUGCGCCGUUUGCCCAAGCAUCCGAAUAUUGUCAGCUUCAAAGAGGCUUAUGAGGACAAAGAGGCAGUUUAUCUCGUCAUGGAGCUUUGUGAGGGCGGCGAGCUCUUCGAUAAGAUUGUGGCGAAAGGGCAUUACACAGAGCGCGCUGCUGCCACUGUCACCAGGACAAUUCUUGAGAUUUGCAAGGUAUGCCACCAGAAUGGAGUGAUACAUCGGGACCUGAAACCGGAGAAUUUCCUGUUUACAGAUAGCAGUGAAAAUGCUCAGUUAAAGGCUAUUGAUUUUGGCCUUUCUAUAUUUUUUGAGAAAGGUCAGAGAUUCAGUGAAAUUGUUGGAAGUCCAUAUUACAUGGCUCCGGAGGUCUUACGGCGCAAUUACGGGGCUGAAGUUGAUGUUUGGAGUGCAGGGGUUAUCCUUUACAUCCUACUUUGUGGAGUUCCACCAUUUUGGGCAGAAUCUGAGGAAGGAAUUGCACAGGCAAUCGUUCGGGGUAGCAUAGAUUUCGAGAGGGAGGCAUGGAAAAAGGUUUCAGACGAAGCAAAAGAACUAGUGAAGAGAAUGCUUGACCCAAAUCCUUUCAACAGGCUUGGAGUUGAAGAAGUCCUUGAUCAUCCUUGGAUACGACAUGCGAAUCAAGUUCCCAAUGUUCCUCUGGGAGGAAAUGUCACAUUAAGGAUCAAGCAGUUCUCAUUGAUGAAUAAGUUCAAGAAGAAAGUACUCAGAGUGGUGGCAGACAACUUGCCGGACGAUCAAAUAGAUGGGAUCAGACAGUUAUUCAAUAUGAUGGACAUUGAUAAUAAUGGAAACUUGAAUUUUGAAGAACUUAGAGAUGGUCUUGUGAAGAUUGGACACCAUGUCACUGAUCCUGAUGUGCAGAUGUUAAUUGAUGCUGCGGAUGGUGAUGGAACAGGCACACUGAACUGUGACGAAUUCGUUGUUGUGUCAGUACACUUGAGAAAGAUAGACAACGAUGAACUUCUCCAUCAAGCUUUUACCUACUUUGACAAGAAUGACAGUGGCUAUGUUGAGUUCGAUGAGUUGAGAGAAGCAUUGCUAGACGACAAACUUGGCCCCGCUAAUGAGCAGGUUAUCCAAGACAUCAUAUUUGAUGUUGACUUGGACAAGGAUGGACGGAUAAGUUUCGAAGAAUUCAAAGCGAUGAUGAAAUCUGGCAUGGACUGGAAAAUGGCUUCUCGUCAAUAUUCGAGGGCAAUGCUAAAUGCACUUAGCCGUAAGUUGUUGAAAGAUGAAUCGUUACAAGCAAGCUAUAAGGAGGAGACAUAAAGCUGCUUUUGAAUCAUCUUCAUCUUCCCCAAAUUAAGUUAAGGCUGAAAAAGAUUGAACAUGAAUAGUUUGACUUUGUGUACAGUGAAUUUCCUUUAUACAAAGGAAGUUGCAGAUAACUUUUGGAAAUGUAAAGUAUUAGUGUAAUGAUGAACUAUUUUAGUCUAACAACACCAGUUUCAUCUCUGUAAAAAGGUACCCCCAUUUUUUC